UCAAAGUCGGCACACUUUCAAAAAUAUUAAAUUGAAAGCACCCGAUCCGAAACGCGUCCGUCUCAGUCGAGUGGCUCUUCGAAACUAAGCCUGUGGAUAUGUAUAUGGAAGUUCGAGGUUACAUGCUUAGUACCUAGUUCGUUCAGUCUUCAGUGUGAUAAUUGUGAUCUGGUCUUUGAUUCCUCUUGGUUCAGUGUUCUUGAGGUGCAUAAGCUCCAGAAUAUUGUAUUUAUUACGAGAAGAUGGUAAAAUAUAGUGCACAUGAAUACAUUGACAUGAUUAUCGCAUACGGUGCAAGUGGAGGAAACAGUCGUGCAGCCUGUCGUCUCUACGCUGAACGAUUUCCCGAACGCGGACAACCCAGCUGUAGUGUCAUUCUGAAUUGUAUCCAACGUUUACGGGAAACAGGAUCAGUGUGCAUAACUCGACAAUUCGUUACUGGAAAAGUAUAUUCUCGCAAAGAAGAGAAAAUCCUGCGAGCGUAUGAAGAUAAUCCCCAAAAAAGUGUGCGCAAUAUAGCUCGUUUGUUCGGUGUGUCCCGAAGUUGCGUGUACCGUAUACUCGAACGGAACGAAGUGCUUCCGAAUCGAGAUGAAAAGCAUCGCGAUAUUUAUGAAGAUGACUUACAUUGGCUGUACAGUGAGAGAAGGAUCCAAUAAUACACAUCACUGAUUGAUUGGUCAAUUCAAAAUAAAAUAAUCCUAUCAAUAAAAUAGUGAAAAAUUAGUAGCCGAUGAUAUGAUGUACUAUCGGGAUGUAAA